AUUAAGAGCGUUCUCUGUCAUCUCUGAUGAAGAUUCUAAUUAAGCCCUAGCAGGUGAGGAGGCUAUAAGAAGUGAUGUUAUGCGUGGCUAGAGGAUUCAGUACCAAAAACAAGAGCAACAAAACGGCUACAACAUCGUUGUUUCUCUUUUGUUUGGCUACUUUAAUACACAUACAUAUCUAAGAUCAGUUCUCUAUUCUCAUCAUCAUCACCAUCAUUAUCAUCAUCAUCCUCCUCAUUUCCAUCAUCAUGGCUUCAUCAAACAGACACUGGCCGAGUUUGUUCAAGUCCAAGCCUUGCAAUAGCCACCACCAAUGGCAACACGACAUCAACCAAUCUCUCAUCUCAAAUGGCUGCCACAGAGCUCCCUACACUUCCGUUACGGGGUGUGAAGAGAGGAGCCCGGAGCCGAAGCCGAGAUGGAACCCGAAACCCGAACAGAUUCGGAUCCUGGAAGCGAUCUUCAACUCGGGCAUGGUGAACCCUCCCAGAGACGAGAUAAGGAAGAUCAGAGCUCAAUUGCAGGAGUACGGACAAGUGGGUGAUGCCAACGUCUUUUACUGGUUCCAGAACAGGAAAUCCAGAAGCAAACACAAGCUCCGACACCUUCAAAACUCCAAACAACAACAACAACAGCAAAAUAUUCACCAAAUCCUACCUAAUAAUUCCAAUAAUAUUACCACCAUCAACACAACCACCACCACCACCACUACCAUAGCUCCUUCCUCGUCCUCUUCUUCAUCCUCUGAGAAAUCUUCUCCCAAAGCACCAAACCGACCGGCCUUCUCAAUGGGUUUCUCCGAAGCCUUAAACUCUCCGACCGCCUCGGUUAACCAGAGUACUUUCUUCCAGACCAACAGCAGUACUCACGACCAGUUCUUGGCCGAACCCUUUUUGUUUCAGUCCAGUUCUAGCCAAGGGUUUUGCUUCCCUGAGCUCAUGCCAAACGGGGUUCAUAAUUUCGUACCUCUUGAUCAUUACACUCAACAGCAUAAUAAUAUUGGGCCGUGUACUAGCCUGUUAUUGAGCGAGAUCAUGAACCAUCAUGGGGCUUCUAAGAAAUUAAUAGGCCAUGAUCAUAAUAUUAAUGCUCAGGAAGCUGGGAAUAAGCUACAGCAGAAUUACGCCCCGGCGGCGGUGGUGGCGGCGUCGACUUCUCCGGCCAUCACUGCUCUCACUACGGCCGCUAAUUCUACCACUACUCGUAGUGUGACUUCAGGGAAUCAAAUCCAAGCAGCUGUUGGAGAACAGGGAUCGGUAUCUGGAGUGGGGCCUGCGGUAGGGUGCGGUAAAACGACGGUGUUCAUAAACGACGUGGCGUUCGAGGUGCCGGCGGGGCCGUUCAGCGUGAGGGAGGCGUUUGGGGUGGAGGCGGUGCUCAUCCACUCCAACGGCCAGCCCGUUCUUACCAACGAGUGGGGUGUUACUCUCCACUCCCUCCACCACGGUGCAUUUUAUUAUCUUAUUUAGGAGCUUGGAAUAUAUAUACCAUCUAGCUAGGAGAAAGACACGCUAGAUGGCUGUGGUUAAUUUAAUUAUUAAAUAUUCUGCUCUAUCUCUUUAAGUUUAGAUUAGGGCUAUAGCUUCAAUGACUUCAUGUUAUAUUAGCUCUUAUUGAGGCUUCGGCAAUUUGAAAUUUGGUGGACUUAUGAUAUAUAUGUAUUUUCUUU